CUUGUAAGAGCAGCAAGUAGACGCGAUAACAAAUGACAGGAUGUAAAGGCACUGAAUAUACAUCGGAAGUUUCGCUUUGUUGUCCAAUAAUAUGAGAUGUCGCCUUGCUAAAUAUUUAAGGUCUAAAAUAGCAGUGUCAAUAAUAAUAACUGCCGUAUUUGGCCUUGUUAUCAAAGAAGCACUUUUUCCAGUCAGGGCUUUUUUGCUUAACAGUCAUUUUACAGAACAGAAGAAACCGCUGCGGAAAUAUGGAGAUAGUCAAAAUGCAUUGUCUUCACCAUCCCCUGAAAGCCAUAGGAAGCCCGUUUUCAUACCUGCAAGUUUCUUAAACAGUGAGGUACCGAAGAAUGAAAGCUAUUGCAACUUCAAUUACAAGUUUCCGGACGUUUGGAACAUGACAGAAUUGUUUCUCGAGGCAACACCACAGCUAGGAAACAAUGGACCUUACCGAGUAGUGUACAAUCUCAUAGAAGGCCGAUUUGAAGACAACACUGUAGGUGUGACAUAUUGUACACAUGCAACACCAGAAUUUCUUUACCACAUUGCUGAAAUAGUGAAUCGGUGGGACGGCCCAGUGAGUGUAGCCGUGUUCGCACCAGGCACAGAUUUGUUCGUAAGUUUGAGUGUUCUGUAUCACAUGUGCAGAUGCCUCCCCGAAAUGUCACGCGUGACAAUACAUUUGAUUGUACAUUACAAAUAUUUUCCCAUGGAAUCCCGUUAUUCAGUAGUUGGCAGUAAACUGCUCGAAGACCUAGAUUUUUCAAACUGUUCCGCCCCACUAAACUUACUGAAUGGAAGAUUUGAGACCUUUCGACAUCAGCAAAAGUUAACAUAUCCUGUAAAUACGGCCCGUAAUGUAGCGCGAAUUGCAGCAAAAACCACUCACGUAUUGGUGUCAGAUGUAGAACUCUUACCAAGCUCAAACUUGGUACCAGCUUUCUUGUCUAUGUUCAAGAAAUUUAAGCAGCAUUUCGAUAAUGUUAGCCCACAUGCAACAAAACCUGAACUUCAGUUGAAAAGGUAUGUGUUUGUGUUACCUGUAUUUGAAGUUGAAGCAACUGUGCUGAAAGUUCCUAGCACCAAGAAAGAACUUCUACAACUGUAUUCUGAGAACCGGGCUGUGUAUUUUCAUCGCUGGGUAUGCUUACACUGCCAGAGGUUCCCAGGUCUUCAGAAAUGGCUCCAGAAGAAAAGUGACAAUGAAGACACACCACUGAUACAGCCAUUCCUCAUCGUGCAUCGUGAAUAUCCAUAUCAUCGAUGGGAACCCAUCUACAUUGGAACCAACAGUGAACCGCUUUAUAGUGAGAUACUGACAUGGGAAGGUCAGCAAGACAAAAUGACUCAGAUGGCUGAAAUGUGCCUGAUGCAGUAUAACUUCGUAAUACUUGACGGUGCAUUCCUCGUACACACUCCAGGUGUGAAACAUCGUAAAGAUAUCAGUCCAAAUCAGACUUUAUGGAGAAGGCCAUAUGAGUGGGAAAAUAUGAAGCGCUACAGGAACAUUGCACAGACAUUGCUGCAAAAAUAUACAUCAAGGAGAAGCUGCAAAAUCUGAACUGUUCAUUUACUGAUUUUGCUAAAUGUAUCCAAAAUUUACACAGGAAUGUGAGUAGGAAGCUCAGCUGGAUAUGACAUAUGUGGUAUUGUUUUUCAUUCUUGAAAACACUAGUAUAUUUUUAUAAUCAAUAUUCUUCCAGUAUGAUUGAAAAUUCUGAAAACUUUUAGUGUUGGCUGUGAAACUUCAGUAAUUAUAUUCAUUUGUGUGGGUGUAAAUGGAAUAUAGUUGUGUUUUAGUCAUUUCAAAUCUUCCACAAUGUGUGAAGACAUUAAACAUCUCCAUACUAUAAACAGAUUUCACUGAUUAGAGAAAACUGUUGCAUUGGUGUGUCUAAUAGAUCUUUUAUUGUAAUUUAUUAACCACUUUUUAUUGUG